UGAGGGGAAACUGGGUAGCGUUGAUUUGGUCUUCCUGGAACGACUCUGAAACCUCUCUCUCUUUCUCUGCCGUGUAGAGUCGAUGAGCCAUAAGCGCGGCUUCUGUGAAGGAGCAGAGCCCACAUUUUCAUGUUGAGCAAGUUGCUUAGAAGUUACAGAUAUGGAAUCAUUCACUUCUCUAGAGUUGCCAUCAUUGACUGUCCCUCUCCCUACCUUUUUAAAUUCACAGAUUAUCAUCUAGCUUUUUGGCUUUUGCUUCUCUCUAUCGUGUCAACCCAGCCCUUCCUCUUUACUAGUUUUUAUUUGAUUUCCUAGCUAUAACAGGAGUUUCAAUCAUCUUUAAUAAGCCAAAGAUGCGAAACAACAGCGUUAAGGCAAAGGCAAUGGCAGGCAGUGCAUGCACUUGUUUUCUGUUUCCUGCUUCUUCUCUUUGCCAGUGACUAAACCGCCCAUACCCAGGAUUAUAUAUAGGAUAUAUAUACACAUCAUGUCAUCUCUUUCAGCGAGAACAGGCAGACACAAACAACGUUUCCAGGAUCAACUUAGGCUUGUAGCUGGGUGUAUUCCUUAUAAACUUAACAUGAACGUUGAGGAAAAAAACUGUAGAGUGGAGGAUAGUGUACUUGUCCUCAUGAUCUCGACUCCAAAUCGUGACGAUCUUGUGUUUCCAAAGGGUGGGUGGGAAGAUGAUGAGACCCUUUAUCAAGCCGCAUGUCGAGAGGCCUUGGAGGAAGCAGGAGUUACAGGACUACUUGGUGAAAAUCCAUUAGGAGUUUGGGAGUUUCGAAGCAAGAGCAGCCAGAAUAGUUGCAGCUCGGUAGGAGGCUGUAAAGGGUAUAUGUUUGCAUUGGAAGUGACUGAAGAGCUUGACCACUGGCCAGGACAGGCUAAUUACAAUAGAAAAUGGCUUACUACAGAGGAAGCAUUUAAAUUCUGCCGUUAUGACUGGAUGAGAGAAGCUCUUAAAAAUUUUCUGGCGGGUAUCCCCAAGUACAGUACACACGGGAAAAAGGAAGAGGUGGCAGAGAGUACUCAAAUGGCGUCUUCAGGUUGCUUUGUAAAGCCACCUGGUGGUGUUCAGAACCUUGAAGAAUCAUCUACCAAGCCUUGUUUAAUGACCACCUACAAUCAAAUGUUAAAACUGUAGGUCAUUUUCCAGUUCUGUAAAGCUUGGACAAUUUGUACAGAAUUCUCCAAUCAAAUUAAUGGAUAAAUAUCUGAUUCUUUUCUGGAGAAAA